UACCAGCCCGCUCCCAGACCCAGCUACCAGCCCGCUCCCAGCCCUAGCUACCAGCCCGCUCCCGCCCCCAGCUACCAGCCCGCUCCCAGCGGCCCUGCGCGGUACUCGUUCGAGUGGAGCGUGGACGAGGACUACAACCAGUAUAACCACAAGGAGAUUAGGGACGGCUACGACACUGAGGGCUCUUAUUCGGUGGCGCUGCCCGACGGCCGCGUCCAGACUGUGACCUACACCGUGCAGGGCGACGCCGGCUACGUGGCCGAGGUCAGCUACCAGGGCGAGGCCCAGUAUCCCAACGCCAAGCAGGGCGGCUACCAAGCGCAGGGCGACUACCAGGCCGCGCUGACGCCCACCAAGUCCCAGCAGGCCUACGCCCCCAGGCCCGCUGCCAGGCCCCAGCAGGGCUACGCCCUCAGGCCCGCUGCCGGGCCUCAGCAGGGCUACGCCUCAGGCCUACUGCCGGGCCCCAGCAGGGCUACGCUCCCAAGCCCGCCGCAAGACCCAGCAAGGGCUACCCCCCAGGCCCGCUACCAGCAGCAGCAGACCAACUCGCGCCUCCAGCAGACCUUCUCGCGCCCCCAGCAGAGCUACUCCCGGCCCCAGCAGAGCAGCGCCAGCCCACAGAGUUACUCUCGGCCCCCAGCAGAGCAGCAGGCGCCCAGCCCCAGCAGAGCUACUCCCGGCCCUCAGCAGGCUACGCCCCCGGCACAGGGACGAUGCUGGCUGGGCCGUGUUUAG